AUGAUGCACAAUAAAUCUUAUAGACAUCAUAAAUCUAAUAAACAUGUAAGCAAAAAUUCGAAUACCGAGAGUGGAAAAAGAAUAGAAAAUUAUAAUUCUGAAAAGAAGUCAAGAGAAAAAAGUGAAAAUAAUGCUAAAAGUGAUAGCAUUAAAAAUGGCAGAAUUAAAAAUGAGGAAAGUAAGAACGAAACAAAUAGCGGCCUUUUAUGGAGUUGUGUGAAAAAUUUAUAUUCAUCUUUUUCAUCUGCUGUAAAAAAUAAAAUAUUUAUUAAUGACAUAAUAGAAGAAAAUAAUAGAAAGCAUAAUAAAAAUAUAGUUUCAGAUAAAUUUCGAUUAAUUGAUAAAAAAUCAAAAAAAUAUAAAGAAAAAGGUUUAAAUCGAAAUAAAUAUUCAAUAAGUGUAAUCAGUAACGAUAGAUGUUCUUCUAUAGAUGCUCAUCACAAAAAUAAAUCAUUUAUUUCAAAUAAAAUUAAAGAAAAUUAUAAACAAAAAUAUGAAAAACAUGAAAAACAUGAAAAACAUGAAAAACAUGAAAAAUAUGAAAAACAUGAAAAAUAUGAAAAACAUGAAAAAUAUGACAAACAUGACAAACACGAUAAACAUGACAGACAUGAUAAAUAUAAACGUGAUGAAGAAAAUGUUUCUCAAAAAAAAAAAAAAAAAAAAAAAGAUUUUACAUAUGAAUUUUCAGAAAAUGAUAUUAAAAAUUUAUUUAUGUCAAGUAACGAUAUAUUAGAAUAUCCUUAUUAUCAAUCUAUUCAAAAUGAUUUGACAAAAAAUGAUGAAAAUAAUAAUUUACCAUUUCGAAAUAUUAUAAAUGAUCUAGUUCAUAAGGACUUAGAUGUGGCUCAUAAAGAGUUAGAUGCGGUUCACAAAGAGUUAGAUGCGGUUCAUAAAGAGUUAGAUGUGACUCAUAAAGAGUUAGAUGUAGUUGCAAAAUACUCUGAUUCUAAAUCUACAAUUACCAAUAAUAAUAUUUUUAAAGAAAAUAAUUUAAGUUCCUAUGUGACUAAAAAUGCAUCUGAAAAUUCUCAAUUACAUAAUUUUGAUUUAAAAAAUAAAAAUAUUUUAAAUGAAUUAAUAAAAAACAAACAAAAUGAAAUUAAGAUAAAAGAAGAAAGACAAGAUGAUAUAUCUAUAAACAAUAAAUUCGAAAAUAAAAAUAUUAAUAAUUUAUAUAAUUGUACUAUUAACCUUAAAACAAAUUAUUCUCACCUAUCAUUCGAAACAUUGCAUAAUUAUGAACACAAUGUAAAAAUUAGCGAAAUAGAAAAUGAAACAAAUAUAUCUUUUAAUAAAAAUAACGAAAUAGAAAAUGAAACAAAUAUUUCUUUUAAUAAAAAUAACGAAAUAGAAAAUGAAACAAAUAUUUCUUUUAAUAAAAAUAACGAAAUAGAAAAUGAAACAAAUAUUUCUUUUAAUAAAAUUAGUUAUUCUCAAAAAACAAAUCUUAUUUCAAGUAUACAACACUCCGAUAUAAAUGUCAUGCAUCAACUUUUGGAAGAUCACGGAAUUACCAAUGUUGGGGAAAAGGAUGCCAAAUAUAAAGAAUUUGACAAAAAAAGCGGGGAAAAAAUUGGGGAAAAAAUUGACAAAAAAAUUGGGGAAAGAAUUGGGGAAAAAAUUGGGGAAAAAAUUGGGGAAAAUGAGCAAGCGAAGGCUACCAUGUUUAGUGAAAGAGAAAACGAAAAAAAAAAUAAAGAGAUGCACAAUGUGGGUGACCAAAAAAGCAAUGCUGCCAAUAAUAAUAAUAAUAACCAGCCAAGCUUUUUAGACUCACUUUUUUAUUCUAAACAAAACGAAGAUGAAGAUGUAAUAAUACUAUCUGAUAUAAAACCAAACAAUUCUUUGAGUGAUGAAAAAAUAAGUUAUCAAAAAGAGAUACAUGCCAAGAGGGUAAUCGGUAAUGAUAAUAAUGAUGGUGAUAAUGAUGAUAAUAAUUGUGGUAAUAAUGGUGACAAUGAUGAUAAUAAUUGUGGUAAUAAUGGUGACAAUGAUUAUGCGUGGAGUGAAAUUCCUUUGCCCAACAAAAUAAAUAAACCAAAUAACAAACUCAGAGAACAGAAUGUUAAUGAUUAUAUAAAAAAUAACGAAUAUAUGAAAAAAAUACGAAACCAAUAUAAAUCAUUAAUAAGAGUAAUAGAUACAUAUAUAGACGAUAAUAUAAAUGGGGAAGGUUUAAAUAAUUCAUUUAUUAAUAAAAAUGAAAAAAAUUCACUAAAUGAUAUUGAAGAAAAUAUAAUAGAUAGUUCUAUUGAUAGAUGUAAUAAUGAAUCUAUAAAAAUUAUUGAAGAUAUUAAAUUAGGAAAUGAAGAUAAAUAUGUGUUAUUAAAAUAUGAUGAAGAUUCACUUAUUGAAGCGUUGGAAAAAUUACGUAUUGAUAAACAAAAAGAAAUUGAAAAAAAAAAUAAAAAAGAAAAAAUAGAUAAAAAUAUUUUUUUUAAAUUUAAACAAAAAAAUUAUUAUGAUGAAGCUAUAUGUAUAUUAAAUAAAAAAAGUGAUAAUAAUAUAUUAAUCGAGAAAUUUAAUGUACCUCUUAUGUAUUCUCAAAUAAAAUGUCUAAUUGAUACAUGUUGGUUAAAUGAUGAAAUUAUUAAUUUUUAUCUUAGUAUGUUACAAGAAUAUAAUGAAACAAGUAUAAAAAAUGGGUUAACAAAUUUUCCAAAAAUGUUUACAUUUAGUACAUUUUUUUUUCAAUCAUUAAAUUUUAAUGGUUCAUAUAAUUAUAAUAAGGUAUCUAGAUGGACCAAAAGAAAAAAAAUUAAUAUAUUGGAAUAUGAUUUAAUACUUAUACCUUUACAUGUUGGUGGAAACCAUUGGACGUUAGGUGCUAUUAGUAUAAAGAAUAAACACAUAAAAUUAUAUGACUCUUUGAAUAUGCCUAAUAAAAAAUUUUUUGAAUAUAUGAGACGCUAUAUUGUUGAUGAAGUUAAAGAUAAACAACAAAUAACUAUAGACAUAUCUCCAUGGACAUAUGAUUCUAACGGAUUACCAGAGAGUGGAAUACCAUGCCAGGAAAAUGGAUAUGAUUGUGGAGUAUUUACCUGCAUGUUUGCAAAAUGUUUAACUUUCAAUAGAGAUUUUGAUUUUGACCAAAAGGAUAUAAAAGAAAUCCGACUCAAAAUGGUUUAUGAGAUAUCUCAGGGUCACCUUGUGUUUUAG